CGUCCACCUCCCCUGCUUGACGAGAUACGGCUAGGCUUAUCACGCCUCGCCUAGAGUCCCUGUGCGAAGUCUGGUGUACGGGACUAACGGCGUGUACGUCAAAGGCCCCAUAUCUAGCCCUCGUCCGAGUUUCGCAGCCUGCUCCUAGAAAUUACACUCGAAUGUCGUUCUCUCUGUCAGGCAGCUAUUGACGCACGAAGUGGAUGAACUCCAAACCUCAGGAUCUUUCUGCACUGUUCCCGACCUGACCAGCAACCCGGCUAUCGACCGCUCUACGCGACCAGCCUCAGGAUGGGGUUCUAUGAUUCCAACAUGACCGACAUGGAGAAGCAGGACGGUCUCAGCACCGGGUCGCAUGUCAGCCAUGGUGCCGUUCCCGGAGAGACUUUUUUGCAAGGAGAUUCGACCUACGCGAAGGUUCAGCGACUCGCAGCGCGAUUCAAUGUCGAGCAGCGCGGCAUCGAGAGGGUACCAGAGGACGAGAGAGACGACACCUCUCUGUUGAAUGUUGGCACCAUGUGGCUUUCCGCCAAUAUGGUAGUAUCGUCUUUCGCGAUCGGCCUUCUCGCGCAAUCGCUCUUCUUUCUCGGAUUCACGGAUGCUUGUCUGGUGUGCUUGUUCUUCAACCUCAUUGGGAUCAUCCCCGUGUGUUACUUCUCCACUUUCGGGCCACGCUUUGGAUUGCGACAAAUGGUUCUGUCGCGUUACUGGUUCGGCUGGUAUGGAGUCAAGAUCAUCGCGGUGUUCAACGUCCUUGCCUGCCUUGGCUGGUCGGCAGUGAACUCGAUCGUCGGUGCCCAGCUGAUCCAUGCUGUCAACAAUGAUGUCCCAGGCUAUGCUGGUAUUAUUAUCAUCGCCUUCUGCACGCUGCUCGUAACCUUCUUCGGCUACAAGAUCGUCCACGCCUACGAAUUUUGGUCCUGGAUCCCCACCACUAUCGUCUUUCUCAUCGUCCUCGGCGUCUUCGCUCAUUCUGGAGACUUUGUCAACAUCCCGAUGGGUGUGGGCGUCAGCGAAAUGGGAAGUGUCCUCAGCUUUGGAAGCGUUGUCUACGGUUUUGCGACAGGAUGGACCAGCUACGCAGCAGACUACACAGUCUACCAACCCCGCAAUCAGUCCAGGACGAAGGUCUUCUUUGCUGUCUGGAUUGGCCUCAUCAUUCCUCUGCUUUUUACUGAGAUGCUGGGCAUUGCCGUUAUGACCGCCACUACGCUCAAUGACGGCAAGAACAAGUACGCAGAUGGAUAUGCAGCUUCUGGAACUGGCGGCCUUCUCGCUGCAGUACUCUUCGGACCCCUAGGCGGCUUCGGCAAGUUCUGCAUUGUCAUCCUCGCCUUGAGCAUCAUCGCCAACAACUGUCCCAAUAUCUACUCCGUUGGUCUGACAAUCCAAGUACUGGGCGGGAAAUGGACAGAGCGCGUGCCGCGCUUUGUUUGGACUGCUGUAGGUACCGGCGUCUACAUUGCAAUCGCCAUCCCCGGAUACUCGCAUUUCGAGACCGUACUCGACAACUUCAUGAACUUCAUUGGCUACUGGCUCGCAAUCUACGAAGGCAUUGCUUUCAGCGACCACUUCAUCUACAAAUGCAGCAUGAACGCAUACGACCCAGCUUUAUACGACCAGUCCUCGAAGCUUCCGCCCGGCUUUGCAGCGAUUUUUGCAUUCUGCUGUGGCAUUGCUGGCAUGGUCACAGGUAUGAGUCAAGUCUGGUGGGUGGGACCCAUUGCGUUGAAGGCGGGAGAAGCGCCGUAUGGUGGUGAUGUGGGGUUUGAGCUGGGAUUUGCUUUCGCGUUUGUAAGCUACACUGUGGCGAGGAGGUUCGAAUUGAAGUACUUCGGACGGUAGGGCUUGUAUGCUACCCACUGGGGUCAGCCGUAAUGCACGGAUGUCUGGGCGGAAGUUCUUUUGAUCCCUGUAGUGGGGUCCUGUAGAAACGGUGGACUCAUCCGUUAUUGAGGCCAGCAUCGCUUGCAAUACAUGUGAAACAUUUGCACAGACGAUACUCGUCGGGAUGUGAAAGUAUAUCGGAGACGACUGUUCCUCAAGGAGUGUGAUUCGGAGGAAUAACUACAUACAGCGGAGAUUAGCCUGAGUUCU